AUGGAAAAUCCCCCACGAAACUCUUUGCAUCUCCUUCCCAUCAUGGGCAGUACCUACAUGAGCAAAUGUCUCAGAAACACAUUCCAUAUGCUUUCCAUCCAGCUCUGCUGGAGCUUUGAUUUGCAGCUCAUGUAUCAGGACAAGGAUCUAGGCCAGAGUUCACGGCUGAAGAAAUCUGUCAGGUCAAAGUGGGAGGAAAUAAUUUCUAAGGGCUUCUCGAAUUUGAGCCUCACAACAUUGUACCAACUGUUUAAAUCAAAGCUUGCUGGCUGGGAAGCUGCAUGCCAAUGUCUUGUAAUGACGACAUGGGAGCUUGAGGCGUCAGAGCGGUACAUGACAUUCCUGGAUGGCUUGUAUCAUGAGAACAAAGAUUGUCUCCUCUUCAAAGAAAUUGAUGAUGAUGUGAAUUACCUUCAAGCCAUUUAUGAUGACGACUGCAAGAUACUUCGUGCUGUCGCUGCCCAAGCAGAUGUACUCAAGAAACACUUAGGCUCAUGUGCAUUGGAAGAUGUAUUGGGUUCUAUGGGGAAGUCUUCCCAUUAUCCGCAAUUCGUCAGUAAACCCAGUCUGUCUUCUGAUACAGAUGAUAGCAUGGAUGAUGACAAGGGAACUGAUGAUGACGACGAUGAGGAAGAUGAUCGUAUCCAUGGCUAG